AUGGCAUUCAACGACAACGACGACGAUCAUGAAUCGGCUUCUUUCAACGGCUUCAUCUUUCAACAUCCAACACAACAAUGGUCCUUUGACUUUGACAACUCCCAUUCAGAACACCAUUCAACAGACACACGCGAAUCAACACUCAAGUCUUCCUCGGAUCAAGACACCCUAUCAGUCAAUGAGACGCCUGAAUCAGCAGCACCAGUUGACAAGCAUGAUACCGAACCCACCAAAGAUACAUCAUCAUCAUCAUCAUCGCUUGCCUUCUCACUGAGCCAGAUGCAUAUCAACUCGAAUCCUUCUUUACCACCUCGUGAUAACACCAGACUAUUCAAGUAUCAUUCUCGGAACGAAAGGGAAUUACAGGCGUUUAGACGACAACGCGCUCUCGAUUUACAAAAGAAGAUACGUGAUACCAAGUUCAAUCAACAUCGAACGCAGCGAUUUGAAAUACCCAAUGAUGAUGAGGAUGAUGAUGAAUCUGAAGAAGGAAGUUCACACGACGAAGCACAAACAUCGACAUCUACCGCCACAUUGAAACGUUCACGCGAUGAUGGCGAUGAUCAUGAUAUGGAUGGCUCCAAGUUGCUAUGUUUUGAAUCAUAUCCUUCCAGUUCCAAAGGCAAAAACAAAUCAAAGAACAAAAAGUCGGAUCGAGAUAUCAAGCUCAUGUAUGGAGAAACGCUUAUUGAUAUGCCAGAGGACUGGGAAGCCAAGUGGAUCGUCAUACCUUAUCCCAAGGGUAAACGCUGCAUGGUCAAGGCUGGUAAUGGCAAAUCGCUGUCACUUAACAAAUGGGGUCGUGUGCAGAAACGAUUCCAAUCAAUGCUACCAAACGGGUCAAAAUCGGAUGGCAAACAACAUGGAAACAACUACAACGUGCUUGAUUGUGUAUACGAUGGGAUUCAUUGGACCUUUUACGUGUUGGACAUGCUCUGCUGGAAAGGUAUUGAAUUGGCGGAAUGUGAUACAGCUUUCAGACGAUUCUGGUUGGAGACGCACAUGAUCCCGGAUGAAAUGGAUUCUCCUACACCUGAGAACAUGUUUUACAAGUUCAAGACUUUACGACCUAUUCCAAGCAAAGAUGUCAAGGAGAUGCUGCUGAAUCCAGAAGCUUACUUGAAGGGGCGAGGUGACACAUUCGAGAUUGAUGGAUUGAUGCUUUAUCACCAAGAUUUGAUCUAUACUGCAAAAGAGACGCCACUCGUCAAUUGGGUGCCUGUAUCUGAUUUUUCAUCAUUGGCAAACGCUUUGUGA